AUGAACAGCUCGAUGUCGCGGUUUAACUCGCUGCUGGCCUUCACGGUGACCGUGUUGGCGGCGCUGACCUUCCUGGUGUUCCUGAGUACAAUGUUCCAGCAACCCCGGGUACCCGUCAGCAUCCGUGUGAGCGGCAUCUCUCUAAAAAUAUAUGAAGACUACACUGGAAACCAUGAUUUAGGAUCCAUAAAUUUUAGCAUUUUUGUUGAUCUCGCACCAGUAUUCAACUGGAAUGUUAAGCAGCUUUUCCUAUAUCUAACUGCGGAAUAUGCUACAGCAAAGAAUAAAUUGAAUCAAGUGAUUCUAUGGGAUAAAAUUCUUCAGCGAGGAGAGAACACUAGACUUAAUCUUCAGAAUAUGAGCCCUAAAUAUUUAUUGUUGGAUGAUGGAAAUGGCCUGAUAGGAAAUAACGUCUCAUUAUCUCUUUCAUGGAAUAUUGUUCCAAAUGCUGGAAUCUUGUAUCUGAUACCUGCUUCUGGACACAAAGUAAUACCAUUACCUGAAAAAUAUGAAAAUAUCAGAAGUUGUUGA